AUGGGCAGCACUGAAGUACAUAUCACAGAGCUGUGUGGCCACACUGGUCUCACAGCCAGUUCCUGUUGCAUGAAAGAUCUUGUCUGGGAUGGUUGUGACCUAGUGGAAAUCACCUUGGCUGAGGAAGAUGAAUUUGGGCUGGACAUUUCUGACACAGGAGCAGAAAAGUCAAAGUGUGUUCAAGAGAUUGUUGAUUACUCUUCAGACAAGAAGGCUGCUCAUGAGAAAAA